CACCCCACCUGCCCUUUUCUUCCACCUCAACCAACACAGUGGCUCUUUCUUUCUCUCUCACACAAUACACCACCUAAACCUUUCUUUCUCUAAAAUCCUCCAUAUCCAACGGCCAAUACAACCGCCGUCGGCCACCAAGUCGUAACCCCACGCUUACAUACGUUCCCUCUUUUGGACAAAACCAUGGGUGCUAAUACGUCAUUAUUAAGCUCGGAUAUCUCCGACGGAAUUGACAAUCCAUCAAAGCCUAACCUCGGCGAUCUACCGGAAUCCUGUGUAGCGCUAGUUUUAUCCUACUUGGAACCGCCGGAGAUCUGCAAAUUAGCUCGGAUCAACCGUGCAUUUCGAGCAGCUUCGUCCGCCGAUUUCAUCUGGAUCUCUAAAUUGCCGUCUAAUUAUCAUUAUCUCGUCGGAAAAUUGUUGAUUGACGACAAGAAAAAAGUGGGAGAAAAGGAGAUUUUUGCUAGGUUGACUCGGCCUAUGCCCUUCGAUGCCGGAAACAAGGAAUUUUGGGUGGACAAGACGACGGGAGGUGUGUGCGUAUCAGUGUCUUCAAAAGCAUUAACAAUCACCGGAAUCACUGAUCGACGAUACUGGAAUCAGAUUCCUUCCGAUGAAACAAGAUUCCGUACGGUUUCAUACCUUAAGCAAACCUGGUGGCUGGAAGUCGACGGCGACGUUGAGUUCCGGUUUCCGGCGGGAACUUACUCCUUGUCAUUCAAACUCCGGCUAGGGAAGGUGAUAAAAAAACACGGCCGGCCAAUUUGCAGCACGGAGGACGUCCAUGGAUGGGACGCGAAACCCGUGGAAUUCAAGCUCGCAACGUCCACCGGGCAGCAUGCUGUUUCAAAGAGGUUCUUGAAGACAACCGGAAACUGGGAAUACCACCGUGUCGGAGAUUUCAUCGUCGAUGACUCCAACAUACCCACAAGGGUGACGUUUUCUUUGACACAAAUCGAUUGUACUCACACUAAAGGUGGUCUUUCGAUAGAUUCAGUUCUUAUAUGCCCUUGCAAUUAGUCCGAAAUUUCAAAACUCUACUACUAUAGAUUAUCGAUAUGUAAAAUUAUAGUAAUUUUAUUACCUUGAGUGAUGAUUUGAUGGAGUGGUGAGGAGAAGAUGUCGAUCAAUAUUUUGUAUUUACUGUAAAUUAAUUUAUAUAUUUGUUAGAAUGUAAAAAGGAAAUAGUGGUAUGAUCAAUGAUGUAUACCCAAGUGGCCAAGUGAGCAAUUCAAGUUGCACUUUUUGAUUAGUAUAGAGAGUGG